GAUAUGUAGCGCCAUCUCCCCUUAUUCUUACCUCCAUGGUCAAAAUUCAGAAAGUAUAUAGCGCUUUAACGUUGCCUACCUUGCUCCUGGUCGGUGGGGAUAUGACGUUGCAAACCGUAAAAACAUUAACGGAACGUUGGAGGGAGCGCACUAUGCAGUUGAUUUCAAAUAGUAAACUUGACAUAAAAGUGAAUUCAGGAGCUGUACGAUUUUUGUUGUUGUGAUUGUUAAGAACAUCGAUACCACUGAAAUACUUCGAAAUGGAGACAGUACAGCGCCUACCUAUGCUGAGUUUUGCUCGAAAAACGAGCCCAGAACCUACUUCAUUUGGUCCUAAACUGAAACAGUACAUCAGAGAUUUCUAUCAUGAAGACCCAGAAUCAUACUCCAAUGAAAUACACACAUUGGAAGGGCUGCGAGCCGCAGCUGUGUGUGCUGUGAAGGAUUUCUCUGGUGUUUCAACACUGACACGAUAUUACUGUCAGCUUCAUUUCUUGCAGAGUAAAUUUCCAAUGUUCAAAGAUGGUGCAGCAGCAGUCUCUUUCACGUGGAGAAAUGUGUAUGGAAGUAUGGUUCAUACUAUAGCUGAUAUUCGGUAUGAAAUUUUAUGCAUCCUCUACAAUAUGGGAGCAUUACACACACAGUUAGGUGCCUUGGAUACCAGAGUAUCAGCUGAUGGUAUAAAAAUGUCCUGUGCCCAUUUUCAGUAUGCAGCCGGUGCAUUUGAGCAUUUAAAAGGCAGCUUCCCCCAGCCAGCAGGAGUGGAUCUGGCUGCAGAUAUUAUGCAGUUUAUGUAUUAUCUAUCACUGGCUCAGGCUCAAGAAUGUGUAUUGCAGAAGAGCAUUAUGGAUAAUAGGAGACCUAUAGUAACAGCAAAAGUGGCUGUUCAGUUAGUAGAUUAUUACAGAUCUGCCCUCAACACAAUUACACAAGGAGGUGCAGAUAACUCUUCCAUUCCAGAAACUGUAGGAUCAAAAAUAUAUGAGAAUUGGAAACGUUAUGUGAAAUUCAAAAUGGUGUACCACACAUGUAUCUCUCUACUGUACCAUGGUCAGCAGGCAGAAGACCAGCAGAAAAUGGGUGAACGAGUUACUUUUUACCAAGCAGCAGCAGAGAAAUUAGAAGAAGCUGUCAGACUUUCAAAAGGAAUGGAUAAUAUUGAGGCAAUAAAUGAAGCCUUAACAUUCACACAUGACGUUGUGGAAGGAAAGAAAAGGGCAGCGAAAAAUGAAAAUGAGAUUAUGUAUCGUGAAGAGGUCCCACCCUUGGACAUUCUUUCAGAGGUUAAAGGUGCACCUCUUGUUAAAGGCAUUAUGUUUAAUGUUAGUGAUCCAGAAGUAGCAGGAUCUGACAUAUUUGCUCGUUUAAUGCCCAUAAAAGCACAUGAAGUAUCUUCAUUAUCCAGUGAAGCGGAAGUGAAACUGUUUGGUACUGUUAUUGAUGAGGAUGACAAAGAAUUGUCUGUAUUGAUGACCUCACUUCAGCUUGACCAUUUGAAGCAGCCUUCAGAGCCAGAAUCACUUUCACAGGAAGCAACAUCAACACACUCAACCUUGUCUGGUGGAACUUCAACAAGUAAUGAAAAGAUGAUAAUAACACAACAGACAGAAGCUGAUCAUUCUGAUCAUGCAAUUAAUGAGGCUAUGGAUUUUUCCAUGUCAAAUUAAAAUUAAAAAUGAAAAACUUAAAAGCCUUUCAAGUUUUUCAUAGGUACGUAAGACUUGAAGUGUAAAUGUGUAUCUUAUAACUUAAUGUGAACAGUAGGAUGCCAGUGGUCGUACGAUGUGUGUGUGUGUGUGUGUGU